UCUUAAAACUGAAUUUCAAAGUCCUAAUUUGCUUUUUGAAUCCUCCACCCAUAUAACCCUAGAGAGAGAGGAAAAAAAAAGAAGAGAAGAUUCUGAUCUGAUUCAUCAAAAGAAGAAAGUGGUUAGUACGAAAUUAAAAGACAGAAAUUUUGGAAAAGAGAACUCAUCUAUUUCUUCAUCAUCAUCUCUUUCCUUUAGUUUUUUCAAACCUAUAUAAUCAUUUCCCCAGUACAAAAUCUGACCUUCUUUCAAACACCUUAUCUUCAUGAAUCUAUCUUAGUACUUCUAGCUAACUAAAGUUUCCACUUUCUCCUUACACUGAAGAAAAAAUGGCGCCGUCUGACCACCCCACUUCCAAAGGCCAAGCAUGGUUUUGUACUACAGGUUUACCUAGCGAUAUCAUCAUUGAAGUUGAAGAUAUGACCUUCCAUCUUCACAAGUUUCCUCUGAUGUCAAAAAGUAGAAAGCUUCAUGAGAUGAUAACAGAGCAAGAGACAAAUGCAACAAGCACUAGAAUCCAAAAACCUGCUGAACGAGACAACGAUGCAGGUGAUGGUGACGAAGAGAUUGAAGAAGAAGCAGAGGAGAUUGAGGAGGACCAGCAAUGUUGUAUUUCAUUCCCUGAUUUUCCGGGAGGUUCAGAGACAUUCGAGACGGCAGCCAAGUUCUGCUAUGGUGUGAAAAUCGAGCUGUCUGCAUCGAAUGUUGCUCCACUGCGCUGUGCGGGUGAGUACUUAGAGAUGACUGAAGAGUACUCUGAGGAUAACCUCAUUUCCAAGACGGAGAGGUUUCUUUCACAAACUGUGCUCAAGAGCAUUAAGGACUCCAUCAAAACACUAAACUCGUGUAAGAACAUCUUGCCGUUGUCAGAAACACUCGGCAUUGUUCAGAGAUGCAUUGACGCCGUUGCUGUUAGAGCUUCUGCUGCUGAUCCGUCUCUCUUCGGCUGGCCAGUGAAUGACGCCGCCAUUGAAGCAAAUACUCGCCGUAAAGGUGCCUCUAGAACCGGUGGUAUGGAUUCGUGGUUCGAGGAACUAGGGCACUUGAGUUUGCCUCUGUUCAAGCGUCUGAUUUCUGCGAUGAAAUGUAGAGAUUUGAGUUCAGAGGUUAUCGAGAGUUGUCUAAUGUAUUAUGCCAAGAAGUACAUUCCAGGAAUUUCACGUUCGAGUAGGAAGGCAUCGUCUUCUUCAAUACCUUCAGAGAAUGAACAGAGAGAGCUUCUGGAGACAAUAAUUACAAAUCUACCUGAAGAGAAAAGCUCAAAUGCCUCAACAGCUACAAGGAUUCUCUUCGGAUUAUUGAGAACAGCGAAUAUACUGAAUGCUUCGGAAGCUUCUCGAGCUGCACUGGAGAGAAAAAUCGGAUCUCAACUGGAACAAGCCACAUUGGACGAUCUACUCAUUCCGAGCUAUUCUUAUCUGAAUGAAACGUUAUAUGAUGUCGCUUGUGUGGAGAGAAUAUUAGGAUAUUUUUUGAACGGAUUGGAGGAGAGAUUGACCACUAGUAUUCUAGGCGAAGAAGAGAACAACAGUGUCAGAUCCGCGGCGUUAAUGUUAGUCGGGAAGUUAAUCGACGGUUACUUAUCGGAAAUUGCUUCGGACAAUAAUUUGUUGCCGGAAAAAUUCUGUGAACUAGCUGUUGCAUUGCCGGACCAAGCUAGACUCUUUGAUGACGGUCUUUACAGAGCCGUGGAUGUGUAUCUCAAGGCGCAUUCAUGGAUAUCGGAGGCGGAGAGGGAGCGAAUAUGUGGAGUAAUGGAUUGCCAAAAGCUAACACUAGAAGCGUGUACACACGCAGCUCAGAAUGAACGGCUUCCACUUAGAGCCGUAGUUCAGGUACUGUUCUUCGAGCAACUUCAACUCCGGCAAGCAAUCGCUGGAACUCUUAUGGUCGCCGAUGUUGCUCAAGGAGAAAUCCCGCGGCUGUCGAUUUUGGACGGUGGAGAAGGGGACAGGGAAAGUGGAGAGGAAGAGGAAACGACAGGAGUAGUUGGGGUGGCACGUGCACAGGAAGGUAGUAGCACGUGGAGGAACGCAGUGAGAGAGAAUCAGGUGUUACGCUUGGAUAUGGAUAGCAUGAGGACGCGAGUACAAGAACUGGAACGAGAAUGCUCUACAAUGAAGAAAACAAUCCAGAAGAUAGAUAAGGUAGGGAAACACGGCGGUGCCGGCGGCGGAGAAAAAGGAGGAGGGUGGAGGAGCAAGUUAGGGUGUAAAUUCAAGACGCAAGUGUGCGACUCGCAUGAGCCAACCGUUGUGGAGGGCAGGAAAGGACGGGACCACCGUCAUCGUCAAUAAAAGCCAAAUAAGAAACAAAUCAGCUUCUUCUACCUAAUGGUUUCUUUUUUUAGUUUUAAAUUAUAUCUGUUGUGCCGUUAUCCAGAAAUUGUUUAUUUUCCAACUUAUUCUUUAGUGGACAGAUUCUUUUCUUUUUGUUUGUAAGUUGCUGUAUUUUACUAUAUUUAGAUCUCAAUGACGUGCAUCUGAGUGAAAGUCAGGUGGUUAAGAAGUUGCAAUUUGGAUAGUAAUGUACUAGUUUGAUUUUUGUGAUCACCCCUUUAAUAUCCAGUUUAACUUUUUAUAAUC